AAAGUAGCGGGACUCAACCUCACUGAAUGCCUGAUUGACAUUGUGGCAAAUGCAAACGCUACCCAGAAUCUAGCUGGUCUACUCAAUGGCGACGGACAUCCCGUAUCUAAUGCUUCUGAUGCAACAUCGAUAAGCUACGCGAUGUGCACCUCCGUCUGUGGAACCGGACCGGAACCUUUUCGGUGGUCCUUAUUCUCGCAAGAUCUUGGUGCAUGGUUACUACCAAACCUUGCACUGAUUUCGCAGCUCCCCUUUGGGGCACGAUACAGGCUCGAUAAUUUCAUGUCUGCUGCAUUGACCAUCGGGUCACCGGCACUUGCUGGUUACUCUCUAUUCCUCACCCUCCUCGAUUCUGCCUGGAUCAACCGCCAAUUUGACCAAUUGGAGGGCUAUCCCAACUCACGUAUCGUAGUCUCUAUCUUGGGUAACCUUCAGCAAGUCCCGCUGAGCCUCGAUUUCACUCGUGUCCACUCCUUCGUUUCCCCUCCUGAAAACGACCGCUGGUUGCAAUGGUUCUCUGAAUUUGUGGACUACACACACACAUGGUCAAUUGCGUCUGCAACCGCCAUUGUCUGGGUCGUUGUCGCAUAUGUCAUAAGUGUAGUCAACUCACCAGCAGAUUUUCUUGUAAAUUAUCAAUCUGACGGCGACGCCACUGGUUCCCUGUGGCUGUGGUUGAUUCCAAUAGUCGUCGGAUGGCUGCAAUUCUCCCCAAAAUGCGAUUUCGAUCGCUUACAACAGGCUUAUAGACGUGCCGACCGACAUGCACGCGCAGCAGCAGGUCAUAUGGGAACGUCAACUGCGUCCACCCGAAGAGCUUUAACAAUAAUUGCCAAGGAGAAAGAUGUCUCAUCUCCAGACGAACUCCUUACCCCUCCGAUUUUCAAUUAUUCACGUUCACUCCGAUGGGCAUCUAUAGUUGAUGGGAUCUACUUGGCGUUUGAAGCGGAAGAGGCAUCAAAGGAGGCUCAAAACCGCACCCCUGUUAGUUUUCCCAUCCCGACCCAAAAGUCCGAGUCCUUCGAAACCCUCCCCCUCAACUAUCCACUCAAGUCCUCCGAGGAAACCCCCCGUGUUCCACAGCGCAACCAUUGGGCACCUGGUGUUUUCACAAGAAUGUUCGCCGCUUCGUGUGCUUCGCUUAUAUUACAAUGGGGAACAGUUGGAGCAGCGUUUAUGAUGGCGUGGUUCACGCCUACUACACGUAUCGGGUGUCGAGCUAUGAGUUACCUCAUUUAUGGAGUCUUAUCGACCAUCAUUUGGUUUAUGCUCUUGAUAUCCAGUAUUCUCGCCCACUACACCUCCGAUGACGAUUCAAACAAACAGAAGCCUGCACGGUAUCUUUGGGCUCGGGCAAUAUCGAACUGCCUGCGAUGGAUGGGAAAAACAUUGGCCGUUGCAAACUCCAUCUGGGUGGUGGUGGCGUGUACUUUCGUGUAUUCCGGCCUUUACGAUACAUGCUUCUGCAAUUCUAGCGAGAUUAGUAGGGGAAAGGCCGCAUACGUUGUCAUCGUCCAGACUGCAGCCCAAACUGCGCAGCUGAAGACUGCCUGGAUCGGUGCUGUUGGUAUGGCAUGUACCUCAGCGCUAUUCUUCCUUGGUCUCGUGAAUAUUAAAUUGCCAGACACACGUCCGAGUCCGUCGUAGGGACGUUUCUUACAAGUUUGUACUUACAUAUGUGCGUUCGAUUUUCCAAUUAUUUAAUCUAGG